AUGGCACAGGAAUCUUUCCGCCGCCGGAGCGACCAUGGAGCUGUCAUGCGCAGUAUCGAUGAAGAGAACGCAGACGUAAACCAAACUCGCCGUCAAACGAUUGGCGUGGGUACGAAGUCAAAAGCUCUGAUGACAAGGACGACGCCAGCCUCUCAAAGUCAGUCCAAAAAGACCCCAUCGAAAACUCGAGUCAAUCUAGGCUCUGCCUCAUCAUACUACUUCAAGCACAUGCCUAAGACUCCAUUGGAUGUCUCCAUGCUGUCUAAAAAUCAGCAAAUGAUAGAAACAUCUGUCAAUACUGCACGGGAAGACAGCGACAUUGAUAUUUCGAUCAAUGAAAGCUUCCUCCACGAUGCUACCGCAAAUUACAACGGAAGUUUAGCUGCUGCGGAAUCGAGCUUUCUGACGGUCAAUAGCAGUAGUAGUGAAGAGAGUGACAUGCUGAACAAGAGUACACUUAGCGACACCACGGAACUUACCGCUUCUAACUUUGUCAAGGCUGCGUUUUCACGCCAUCGUCUGUCCGAAGCUUCUCUGCUAUCAACCAGUCUUCAUGCUUAUUCGGAUCAAAACGUCAAAGAGAACAUAAAGCUUCGAACAGGAGAGAAUAAUUCAAACCCGGAUGCCCUCAGGAACCCUCCUGGGCUAUCGCCUCCUCGCCUGCCUUUUGGUAGAGUCAAAGCGAACGUUGAUGGCAGUACUGAUACAGAAAUCGUCACAACGGCCGGUCACGCGAAGAGACGCCAAACUCUUCCUCCUAACGGGACCAUUGAUAUGGCUUCGGAAAAGGCUCAGCCGAUCGCUUCUGUUGAGCGACGUAAUUCCUGGCAAUCAGUUCCCAACGAAGGUGAUAAAAAUGUAACAUCCUCCGAGCUGACGGUAGAAGCUUUGCGACAGCUGACUUCUGGCUUCAAAGAAAAACGGCUCCAAAGAAGCCGCCUGUCUUCUGACCAUCGUGCUUUUGUUUUGAAUAGCUCUCCGAAACUAUCUAUUCCAUCCCUCUCACCUGGUCUCACGUCCAGCAGUAAACGAAAGAGCAUGUCGAACAAUGACAAGAGUGUUGAUAUGACGAAUAAUGCAUUGGACGAUCUCUUUGAUGGUUUGCUUGAUGCCGACGAGACUGCUGAUCCGUCGCUUCUCGCAUCGGUUGACUGUGGUAAGGAUGAAUCCUUGGAACGAGGCUCGGUCUUGAAGGGACUAGUGGAAGAAAAUGAGUUUGAAACUGAGAUGGCAAAGGGUAACACCCCCGGCAAUCAUAAUUUUAUCCAAAAAUCAAAGAAGGAAGGAACUGCAGCUCUGUGGGCGAACUCGGAAAUCUGCAGUAUUGGAAUUCACAGUUUUUCACGUCUGGACUCUCUUUCGCCAGCGUCGACUAUUACUUCGAAAGGUUGUCUGAAAUCGAGUGACAUACCAACGGGAAAGUCGCCUCGACCCCUUCCAGAAGAAAUUGCAUUUUCCGAGAAAGCGGUAGCCAAUGCAGAAAAAAAGUCUCCCAUUGACAGCUCUCAUCGGAAUCUUACUCCCAGCAAGCUACAAAACCGUCUGACACCAACGACAUUAUCCGGAUCUCCAAUGAGGUUUUCUGGUGAAAGGCGUUACGAUGAUGACGCACCCCACAGUUCGAGUAAUUCUUCUUCGGGAGAAGAGAUUCGUGAUAUAUCUAUGCUUAGUCCCUCAAAGGUGGUAUCAGUAGAUCAACUGACUCCAUCAAAGCUAUUGGGUCGCUUGACGCCGACAACGCUUUCUGGAUCGCCCGUGCGUAUUCCCGACCCAGCGUCAAUUGAUUCACCAGCUCGAAACACGCGAAGCUCUCUCAAGCCAGUCCUCGAAACCCCCCUACGAUCACCGCUGCGCCAAACAGCAUGGGCCGCGAAAGACAAGACUGAUACACUGGUUGAUUCUCCGGCUCGCAAUACUCGGAGCGCUAAAAAGGCAAAAGCUUCUCCAUCUCCCAGUCUUGAUGACCCUACUCAGAAUGGUGAGACUUUCAAGCGUAAGCACGAUACUAGCUUUGAGUUAUCCGUUGGGGCUGCUACGGAAAAUAACAUGACGUAUGAAGUUCGAUCCUCGAUUCAGAAGCGUCGGAAAUCAUCAGGAUCUAUGGCUGUAACUCUCAAUUCGGCUUUGCGAAAAGCAGGAAGUGCCCACAAGACGUUUCCCAGCGGAAGGAAAUGUGUCGCUUUUGGAUCCCCGGAGAUAGUUGAGUACAACAUCGGUAGCCCAUCUAUGAGUAUGACGCCGCUCCCUGCGACUCGAGCGAAGGAGAGCUGCACCCUUCCAGAUGAUACCAUAGAGAUUGAAGCCGAUAUGGCAGCCUUGCUUCAAACCGGCGAAAGACGACUUGGAUCAGGAGAAUUUUCCAUAAAUGCGCAAGAUGCUGGGAGCACGCCGUUUAUCGGAAAGAGAUUGGCCAUGGCCAAUGAUAGUAUUGGUGAGGACAGAACUAUCGAACUGGAAGGAAACCUCCAGAAAUUGAUCGACGGAGCCGUUAACGUCGAUUCCGAUUACGCCCAAAGUAGCGAUGACAUGGAGGUCGAUGUUUCUGACGCCGAUGCCACGGAGGAGUUUGACCAAACCGUACAGUUGGAAGUGAACAUGUCGACAUUACUUCAGCAAGCCAAUUCGGACAAACCUAAGGCAACUACUACGCAGAUCAUAAAAGAUGACUUGGCAGUUGGGAACAACUCAUUUGAAGAUGAAAAAAUUGCGGAUAGUCCACUGGAGGAAGAUAUAACAGUCGAACUCGAAACAGACAUGUCUGCAAUGAUUGAUGCUGCUCAGCAUGGAAUCCGCGCCCCUCAUGGACCAGAAUAUCUUGGCCAUGUCGCUGGUACAGUGAAGGACAAGGAAAACGAAGCUCAGCUUGAGCCCGACAUCGAAAAUGUAGUGGCGGCUGCAAGUGCACGUCUGCGUCUCUCAAUAUCGGAUUCGCCGGAAUCCAAAGCAAACCAACGCCGUUCCUCGAUCGCUUCGCGUCGCUUCAGUGUGGCACCGGAGAGCCGACUCUCCAUUUCAUCUCAGGGAGACCGCCUUAUUGUUUAUCAAGAAGACUCACCUGUAGAGAAAGGUGUUUCUUUUUCACCCCAAUUUCCGUCAAAAGCCAUAAAUAGCGCUACAUCAGACAAGGCAGCCUCAUUGUUAGACCUGCGGCUGGAGGAACUUCUGCAUGCUUGUCCAAUCGAAACGCAGGAAUGCGGGAUUCCAGACAUUCUUGCAUUUCUCAGUGAAAUCACUCUUUCUAUUGACGCUAGUAUUGUUUGUGACACCAUGGAUGCAAUAUUUCCUCAGGUAUGCAAUGAAGUCAUUUCAACCAUGGAACCAGACAUCGAUCUGUCGUCAGUGGUGGCGCCGUCCAGAGAAGACGCUGGGUCGCUCAUUGUUCUGCAGGAAGAAAUUAGAUCUGGUUUUGACUCUGAAAUCUCAAGCAAACUUUUGAGCUUAUCAUACGCUGUGCAGAAGGUAGAGGAUUUUUCUUGGAGUACAUGGGUUGUGUCUGUCGCUGAAACACUCCAAGGCCACGUCAAGACAAUGACUGAAGAACUGGAUGAAAGCACUCACAUCAUCGCUGACUCCAGUGAAAAUGCCAUAGAGCUCGAGUCCACUCUAGCAAUUAUUGCUGACAAAGCUGUUCGUAAGGCUCGACGAAAGAGUCUUGACCGGCGCGUAUUUGAUAGUAUAGUACUAAAGGAAGAAAUUACUAGCAUGGAAGCCGAGCUCGAACGUGCCAAAGGCUACCUCGAAAAGGCAAAGCGAGAGGAAGAGCAGACUACUCGGAUCAUAAAGAAGGCUGACCAAUAUCUAAAUAUUUCUAUCGAGCAAGAGGAUCAGAUACGCGAGGUAGAGUCUCAUGAGAAAAAAUGGGUUGUACUCAAAGGAUUAAACAAGUGGAAGGCGAGACCCAUGGACGACAGGAACAUUUCCUUCAUCUUUCCUAGUCCCUUUCUAUGUGCAUCGAUAUCAUUCACCCUAGGUGAUUCGGUUGAGUGCCAUGCGCAGAUUAAAACCGAUGUCAGCAAAAGAGGCGAGACGAGUACUCGAAAGCGGUUUCAGACCCUUCAACCGUUUCUAGAAGAGAGAUCAAGAGAAAUUUGCAAUAUUGCCAAUCUGGUGCCUAUCGAUCAACCGACGCACAUCGGCAAUGUCCUGACAGAUUUCGUUCGAACCAUGAGUCGUCUUGAACGAACAGCCAGCGAAAUCGCGUCGCUCCAGAAACGGUACGGAGCAAUUCUUUCUCGCCCUUUGAACAGCCGUCAUUUUGAGCUCACCGUCGACUUCACGAGUCGAUCCGGUCACACUAAGCUCCUUGGUAUUUUUGUGAUUUCGGAAUCAUAUCCUUAUUCUCCGGUUGAUGUUUGUCUGGAUGUUCUAGAAGGCCAACUUAACAUGGAAGAGAUCCGCAAGAAGCUGGUCAAAAACGCCAAGCCAGGAUUUUGUUAUUUAUCUCGUUCUGUGGAUUUUAUUGCUGCGUGCAUGGGAUGACGGCGCAAAUAUAAUACAGCCAUAUGGAUUAAG